GUCUCUCUCUCUCUCUCUCUUUAUAUAUGUAUAUCUCUCUCUCUUUCUCUCUCUCUCUCUCUCCCUCACUCUCACGCUUCCUCCAGCCUCGCCCUCGCCGUGGCCAAGCAACUCAGCAGCGUCCGCGCCAACAAGUCCGCUCGCAUUGUAGACCAUGGCUGGCAGCAUGCCGUUCCGCGCAGCUGUGAUCGCCACCCUCCUCCUGGGCGGCGCUCGGGGCGCCGUGACACACUCGAGGUUCGUCUGCGGCCAGCAGACCUCUGUCAGCACGUCCACGUCCGAGGACGCCGCCGGCACGGCCGAGUUCUCGGAGAUCAUUACGGAGGACGGUAAGUGCAACAUGAUCCAGAAUGGGGGCGUGAAGUCGGUGAAGUUUUGCGGCCCUGGCAAGCUGGUCCUCUCUCGCAUGACAUGCAGCGAGCACCACGAGUACAAGGCACAGGUUGUCGAGCACAGUUCGAGCGAGUACACCACGAACUGCGAGACCAUCCCGCUGGCGGGUACUGUUGUCGAGGGUUGGCUUGGGAGCUUCACUACAACUUGCUGAGCGCUGCCAGGAACAUCGACAGUGCUACGGUAGUUUCUGCGCUGUCUGAUGUAGAAGCAUUGGCUAACGCGCGUGGGCAAAAGGAGAAAAGAUCAGCGCUGGCUCUUUUCUGUAAUGGCGCUCUUCCUCGUACCAUGUUCUAGCACUCUUGCACGCGUGACUGCGACUUGAAGCGCGCACUCUGCAUGCGCGUGUGCGCGCGCGCACAAAAUUCGUGUGGCUCACCGACGGAACAAUGGUUCCAUGAAUGUCUGAGAAUGUUUGACCGCCAUGAGGGCUUCCUGACGACUUCGGCGCCCCGACAGGCCUCCCAAGUUGUGCGCCAGGAGAUGCUGCUUUCAGCAUGGCGUGGUUGCGCUCUUCCGGGUGAUUCCGCCGGUCUUCGUGCCAUACUUCGAUCUGGACGAGCGUUCGGGGCUCCGAGGCGUGUCUUCAGUUGUGCGCGUGGACUUUCGCUGCGCUCGGGGUGAGAAGUGCUCUGCACGGAGGGC